AUGGACGCGGCCAGCCUGCACGACGGUCUCCGCACCAAGCUCAACCAUCUCGAGGCCAAGCUGGAGCUGUACCGCCAGGACUUGUUGAGCGAGUUUCACCAACACUAUCACGAGCUGACGCACAACGCAUCUCCGUCUGCCGUGGCCAACAUUCAAGACAGCCUUUCAAGCAUUUUUUACGAUUAUAAGGGACUUCGUCCGUGCCUCCCACAGCAUCCGCCCACGCCGGCAGCUCCAGCACCAGCGUCUCAGUCCGCUGGCGCGCCAGCUGAGUCACCUCCGCCACAAGUCAACGAUAGCCCCGAGACGGCGACCACACCCCAAACUCUAUUGCUAGCGCCGCUGCCUGCCGACUCCGGUAACUCAGACGCUCCUGGCAGCCCACGCGACCGUGAUCACGAGCUGCAGGGUCUUUUCACGCCGAGCUAUCUACCGCUCCUAGUAGCUUCUCCCAUACCUGCGCACGACACACCUAUUUCACCCACAGACACAAUCGGGACUGCUGUUACCACCUCGCAGCAAUCCUCUGUCGCGGCCGACAGCCCAAAAAGCGCCGAGACCGGGCGGUUGCCUGCGACUGAGAGCAGCAUCGACAACAGCACGCCAAACACCAGCAUGGGCCAUCCUGCCGAGGAAGACCGGUUUCCCGGUCGGUUAACGACAGCAUCCCGGCGUCGGCCGAGCGAAAGUGAGGCGGCUGAAGCUGCGACGGCCGACGACGGAAAUUCGUCAGCGUCAUCUGACAAGGGCGACAACAAGGCUCCCCGUAGUGCCCUGCGACGCUCCUCCAGCAUAUAUAAAUCGCCCCAGAGCCCUAGGCGUGUCCGGUUCGAAUUUAUGGGUGCUGAAUUUCUGCCCACUGCGUCUCCGCAGCCCAGCGAUACCAUGAUGCCAAGGUCAUCAUCACCGAUGUGGGAGGGCGAAAACGUCACAGUGGACUCGGUCCUAGGAGACGAUGAUUCCGAUGACGACCUCGGGCCGCCGCCCAAGAAGAUUUCUUCGUCCGAUGCUCUCCGCGCCCUGUCAAGAGAACCUCUGGAAGAGGGCACUGUAUGGACUGUGGUGAAUCCCGACUCGGACAACGCCGUCACGCAUAAGAUGCAGCAAGUAGACUUGGACAAGUCGCCAGCGAAACCGGCGACUGGAUUGCAGCAGAUUCAACAACAGCCCAGCAACAAUCGGCAGGCAGUAGAUGAUGACGCCUUGGACAUGAAGAAGAUGAGAGCUGCAACACCUGCACCCGUCAGCAAACCAUCAGCCAGCACAAGCAAGGCAACGCCAAAAAAUAAAACGUCUCUCAAUGAUUCAGAUAUCCGCGACGAUGACGACGACAUGUUUCAGUUCGAAGACGAAGGUGGCAAGACCGCGUCACAACAACGACCACCCGCGUCCGAGGUUGAAGACGAGCCGAGCGAUGAUGAAAACGACAGGACAACGUCCGCUUCCGAUAAAGGGCUCAGCUCAUUGCGCUCGCCAACCACCGUCCCUCCAGCCUCUGUGCCGGCAGCCAAGCCAGAGCCUGCAGAGCCUACCACGCCCACCACAACACGCUUCCACGUCGGUUCAGUAGGCUCAUACAAGGGUCGCUCCAUCAUCAUGCCAGUGGUCAAAAAUCCGGAAGUCCACGCCAAAGCCGCCUCAAUUGGUAACUUCAACUCGUUUGUCGGCGGCCUCGACGGCACAAGUGGCAUGGACCCCGCCGAUCUGAGCAGCUACAGAGCAAGUGUGCGAGAUCGGGAUGGCUUCACCGGGACGCCGCGAAGCUUUACUGAGCGGUUAAUGAUGGAGGACAUGGAAGCUGAGAGACUGCAAGAGGAAGCGAGUCAACAACAACAAUAG